UUCCACUCUGGGGUCCCCCCCGCGUGCCCCCCGUGCCCCCCCAACCCCCUGUGACCCCCCCGCCCCCCCAGACGGGACCUUCCUGGCCAUCGGCUCCCACGACAACUUCAUCUACAUCUACUCCGUGUCCGAGGGGGGCCGCAAGUACACUCGCUUCGGGCGCUGCACGGGUCACUCCAGCUUCAUCACCCACCUGGACUGGUCCAAGGACGGGCGGUUCAUCAUGUCCAACUCGGGGGACUACGAGAUCCUCUACUGGGACGUCGCCGGGGGCUGUAAAUUGCUCCGGAACCGCUUCGAGAGCCGGGACCGGGAGUGGGCGUCCUACACGUGUGUGCUGGGAUUCCACGUCUUCGGGGUGUGGCCCGACGGCUCCGACGGCACCGACAUCAACUCCCUGUGCCGCUCCCACGGCGAGAGGGUCGUGGCUGUGGCCGACGAUUUCUGCAAAGUUCACCUGUUCCAGUACCCCUGUGCCCGCCCCAAGGCUCCCAGUCACGUGUACGGGGGCCACGGCAGCCACGUGACCAACGUGCGGUUCACCCACGACGACGGGCACCUCGUGUCCCUGGGGGGCAAAGACACCAGCGUGUUCCAGUGGCGGGUGCUGGGGGGCGACCCCGACCCGCGCUGAGCCCCCCCCGCCGCCCCCUCCUCCUCCUCGUGCCCUUCCUCGCUGCUUCCUCUUCCCCUUCCCCUGC